UCAUCUUCUCUCCACUAUAGAAAUGGGGAUCCUUCAGAGGUUUGCAAGACUUCCUCUGAAGUCCACAUAUAUUUGGUGUCUGUGCUCGCAGUACAGCACUGAUCUCACUGCAGUUGACAGAGCUCUGAUAGUGCGCUCCAGCCAGCUGAUUAAGCAUCGCUGUGUGCACAGCAGAGGGUUGGGAGCCAGUCCAGGCAACCCGGGUGCUGCCCCACCACGUUUACCCUUCUCCAGGGUCACACAGGAAGACCUUGCCUUCUUUAGAACACUGCUGCCUGGAAGAACCAUCACUGAUCCAGACCUGCUGAAGUCCAGCAAUGUAGACUGGCUUAAGACAGUGGAAGGUAAUAGUGAAGUACUAUUGAGGCCCAAAACGACAAAAGAGGUCUCUCAGAUUCUUAGGUACUGUAAUGAGCGGAGUCUGGCAGUGUGUCCGCAGGGAGGAAACACCGGUCUGGUGGGAGGAAGCGUCCCUGUUUUUGAUGAGAUCAUCAUUUCCACUUCUUUAAUGAACCAAGUCCUCACAUUCGACAACAUCUCGGGUAUCCUCACUUGUCAGGCAGGCUGUGUGUUGGAGAACCUGUCGAACUAUCUAGAGGAAAAGGACUUCAUCAUGCCGCUAGAUCUAGGGGCGAAGGGAAGCUGUCAUAUCGGAGGGAAUGUGUCCACUAAUGCAGGUGGUCUCAGACUGCUGCGCUACGGGUCGCUUCGAGGGACAGUUCUGGGCCUGGAAGUGGUUUUGGCAGAUGGGCGGAUUUUGAACUGCUUGGCCACACUUCGCAAGGACAACACUGGUUAUGACCUCAAGCAGCUUUUCAUUGGCUCAGAAGGGACAUUAGGAGUCAUUACAGCAGUUUCCAUCCUGUGCCCCCGCAAGCCUAAAGCUGUCAAUGUUGCUUUUUUAGGGUGCUCCAGCUUCCAGCAACUGCUGGAAACAUUUCAGUGUUGUAGAGGGAUGCUGGGAGAAAUCCUGUCUGCUUUUGAGUUUUUAGAUGCCUCCUGUAUGAGCCUUCUGGAGAAGCAUCUGAAACUCACCAACCCCAUCACAGAAAGUCCCUUUUACAUUGUCAUCGAGACCGCUGGAUCCAAUGCAGCCCACGAUGAAGAAAAACUACACAAAUUCCUUGAAGAAGUCAUGACAUCAUCUCUAGUAACUGAUGGGACAGUUGCAACAGAGGCGACAAAAAUUAAGGCAUUGUGGUCUUUGAGGGAGAGAGUCACAGAAGCUUUGACACAUGAAGGCUACACCUACAAAUAUGACAUUUCCCUCCCAGUGGAAAAGAUCUACGAUUUAGUCCAAGACAUGAGGGGGCACCUUGGAGACCGGGCCAAGAAUGUUGUGGGCUAUGGACAUGUUGGUGAUGGAAAUCUUCAUCUGAACAUCACUUCUCCCUCUAAAGACCCCGCUCUACUGGCUGCCAUUGAGCCGUAUGUGUACGAGUGGACAUCCAAAUGGAAAGGCAGCAUCAGUGCAGAGCAUGGACUCGGUCUGAAGAAGAGAAACUACAUUUACUACAGUAAACCCUCAGAGGCUGUCGCCCUCAUGGGCAGCAUUAAAGCCAUGCUGGAUCCUAAGGGCAUUCUCAACCCUUACAAAACACUGCCAGACAAUAUACACUAAUAGUUUCUUGGUGUUCAUGAUUUCUAUGAAAGAUAAGGCUGUUUAUAUAUUGCCAAAGUGUUAUUGUCAAACUGUCAUUGUUUUGAGUUGGACUGUAGUAGAUCAAACUCUUCAGUAUUUAAUUUGUUCAGUCUUGUGUUUUAGAAGUCAUGCUUUAAACUAAGCUAUACUAUGUAUUUUUAUUAAAGCAUAAAACUGCAAGUAACUUGCAUAGGAACACUGUUUUGGUAAAUUAAAUUACCCAUAUUAUACACAC